UUAUGGCCCUCUUGCGAUAAAAGCAUCUGCUUAAAAGCUUCACUUAACAUGGUAUCUUAAUUCAUUUCUGCUACAUCCACCAAUCACCAGGCUAACUGAUUUGCGGGUUCGCUCGGUGAUUCGUGUUGCUGUUUAGGAAUAUAUUAACUUCAAGCAAAGUAGAAUUCCACUUCCAGGAAUCCAGUAAAUUGGCUUGUUCUUGCAAGCUGUAUUUGCUUUUCACUAAAGCAGGUGAAGAAAUAAGACAUAUUUUGGGACUAGAAGAGAGAAGAAUGCUUCCAGCCUUCCACGGAAAUCACAUUCUUUCUUUUUGAUACCCCAAAUCCCAAGUAUAGAAUCAUCCAAGCAAGAUCCGAAGGGAAAACGAUUUUCAGCGUCUUGGUUUUUGCCACAGGCUCUUCAACUUCAUCAUGAAUAGCCUCAUUGGUAGAGGCCCUAGACGCGUAACCCUGGGCCAUCCUCUUCCCCAAGGCUCAAGCAAUCAAGGGCCACAAGAUGAAUAUGCAAGGAAUGGGGUGCACGAACCACUCAUCAGCCAUGACAAACAAAAUGGAGAGGAAAGCGUAAACUCGAAGCUCAAGGAUGAUCCGGAUUCUGCAAUUCAGAUUCACUUCAGGCUAACAGAAGAGCUGGACUCUUGGACUCCUGUUGACAAGCUUGGUUCGUCCGACCAUGUGGCAGCGAAAGAUGACAAAGCAAUGGAGAAGGGGAACGAAUUCACUGGCUCGUCGGGGAAGAAGGAGAUCCCACUGCUAAAUGGUACUUUAGUUGGCACUACUAAACCCCAAGUCCAUGGGGAAAAUGAAGUACGUAUUCGAGAUGAAGGUUCAACAGACCCAAAUAUCAUUAUUUCUAUAACUGAUAGUGCCGGUCAGGAAGAGAAGAAAAAGAAGGCAGGCAAUAAAUUUCCUAGUCCAAAAUUGCCAACAGCAAAACAACCUGAUGUCUCAAAACCAAUACUUACAGGUUUGGGCUUGAAUAUUAAUGAAAUUUCUGAAACAUUUAUCCAGAAUACAAGGGCAAGAAUGAGCAGAAACGUCAGCUGGAUGGAGCCCGAAGAAUCUUAGUUCAUAAUGUAAUAUAGGCAGAGCCUCUGGGUUAUUGUUUAAAUACACUCUCUUUGUUCCCAAACAAAAAUUGAUGAGGCAUGCACCCAGCGUGCUCAAAUGUGAAAUGGCUUAAUUUUGAUA